AUGGAGGUUUCUCCAUUUGUUCGUCUGAGGUACCCAGGCACUGGUCCAUAUGACAAAUUCUUUGGUGAGGGCAUGUACGAGUGUGCUGGUUGUGGCACCCCACUUUAUAAAUCCACUACCAAGUUCAAUUCCCCUGAUCCUGAUGGAAGGAGAACGGAAAUAACUUGUGCAGCUUGUGGUGGGCAUUUGGGUCAUGUGUUUAAAGGGGAGGGCUUUAACAUGCCAACUGAUGAACGUCAUUGUGUCAAUAGCAUUUCGCUCAAGUUCACUACUGCCUGCUAA